GAGAGGAAGCGUCUAGUUACUGAAUGCCUGUUGCCUUGUCGUUGAAUUUUCAUUGAGGAAUGAAAACUGCUUUUUUGUUUUUGUUUUGCAACAUGUCUCGCAGACGGCCUUAAACAGAACGAUCUGCCAAUCGAAACAUAAAAGUUUAUGUUUUUUUUAAUAAAAGGAGGCACAAUGUUUAAAUUCAGCUUCAGGAGGAACAAAGACAAAGAGUUUACUCGUAUAGCUCAUGGUUUCAUCCCUGCUGCCUCCAUUGCCCCCAAGCCUGCUGUGCCUCGUACCCCUCCCCCUCGCAGCCCAAACCCCUCACCUGAGAGACACAGAUCAGCCUUGGCAGCAGCCAUCUUAUCGUCUUCUCUCACUGGACAGCCAUGGGCCAUCCCACCCACUCGGCCGUGGUCUUUCUCUGAGACUGACCGGUCAGAUUCAUUUCUAUCUGGACCAAACAUCUGCCCACCACUUCACACCAGAGACAGAUGGUCAGAUGAUUUGUCUAGUCAGCUGCAUCUGGCAUGUGCUGAUGAGUCUGAGGAGGAGUUAGAAGAGAAAGAAAAGGAUGGAGAUGAGAAAGAAGAUGAUGGUGAGGAGCAUGUCUACCAAUCUCUGGACAGACAGAUAACCUCUUCAGCCCCAGAACCUGUCUAUGCCUUUCCGCUCAAACUAAAGAAGACAAGUAUUCCCCACCUGACUGCGAUGUCUGAAGGAAGAGUGCCUUCUCCAGAGCUUCCUGAGGAAACCUUUGUUCAGUCUCCGAAGGCCAGCUGUGAAUCGUCAAAGAAGAAAUCUUCUGUGCCAUCCACUGUACCCAGCCAAGCGACCAGUCAUCCUAGGCCACCCAGAAAACAUGAACUCCCCAUCCGCCCCUCUCCAGAGGCCAACAAAACCCAAGAUAAUCACUCCGCUCUGGUGCAGGCCCUGCCACAGAAGAAUACAAAGACAGUUGAGCAAACUAGGCUUCUGGAAGAGGGACUGCAACACUUAGACCAGAAGAUCCACCAUAGCCAGUCCUCCUCAAACAGGAUAGUCUCUCCAGGCGCCCAGGCAGAACUACAAAUGCUAAGACAACAGGCUCAGGAACUGGUGGAUGAAAACGAUGCCCUCAAAAUGACUGUUCAUCGUCUGAAUGUGGAGCUGAGCCGCUACCAAACCCGAUUCAGACCACUAUCUAAGCAGGAGGUGGACAUUAAGUAUUUUUCACCUUUGCUCUUGGCCUAUGAAGACCGGAUGAGUGAGAAGGAUGCACUUCUUCAAGCCACUGAGGAGGAGGUGAAGAGGUUGCGUGUUCAGCUGGAGAAGGUGAUCACAGAAAGUAAGAGACUCCACGGUGAAAUUGACAAGACUGGAGGAGGUGUUAACCAGAAGGAUUGUCAUGAACUACACCAACAGGCCAUUUUGGUUUUGCAAGAGAAUCAGGCACUGACUGAUCAGCUGUCAGCUCAGCAGGUCCAGGACAAAGCCAAGGACCUCCAACACCAAUCUGAAGUAUCAAAAGUGACCAAGCAGUUGAUGCUGUUGGAGGUAGAAAAGCAGCGAAUGCAGGGGGAGAUAGAAGAGAGCAGCAGGAAGAUGCAGAAGAGUUUAAUGGAGGUGCAGGCCUUGCAGACCCGCCUAAAAGAUGUCAUCACGUGGGAUGAACACUGUAACAUUACUGACAAGCUCAAAUGUCAACUGGAGCAGCAGGAAAUCGCCAAGAGGAAGGAGACAGAGGAACUGCUUCUACGUGUGUCCAGCCUGCAAGAAGAAAGCAGACAUCUGGCUGCAGAGAAAGCCAACCUGAGUGCUCACAUCACCAGAUUAGAGACUGAGCUGGAGCUUUCCAGAGUAGAAAACAGAAAAGCUGAGAGGAGGUUGAGUGAACUGAAGCGACAGAAGGAAGUGUGUGCUUUGAAGGAGGAAAAUACUCGACAUUACCUGAGCGAGGUCGUUUCUGUGGCUGAGUACAUUUCCCAGGAGAGAGACCAGCUUUUACACAUGGCUGCAACUCUUCAGCAGGACAAGCAGAGAUUUAUUGGUCAACUCCUGAAAGGCACGGUUCGUUUGGGAAAACUACAGGAAGAGGUCAAAGUGUACCGGAGCCAGGCGUCAUCUAGGCUGGCAGCAUUGGAGGAGGCAACGGAGGGGAGGACAGCUUCGUACCAGAGGGAGAUCCUUCACCUGCAGAGGCUGCUGAGAGAAAGACAGGAGGCUGAGGAGAGACUGCUGCAGUCCAAACGGGAAGUGGAGGAGGAAUUGGAGGUUGUGUGGCAGGCUGCAGUCAGAGAGAACCAACAAAUGAGGGAGAUUAUUUUAGACUUGCGGCCGAGCAGAGACUUCCACAAGUGGCCGUCUCAGGCUCCAGAUGGAUCCAAGCAGCAUCAGCCAAAUGGUUCAGGACCUCCUCUCAUCACCUCUGAACACUGUCUCCUCAGUCCUGACCUCCACAAAAGAUACACAGCUAAAUCUGACCCCGAUCAGAAAAGUGACUCUUCAGAUGAGAAGUAUAAACACGGGCUGGAUUUCUACUGUUAAACCUUGUUGCAGAAUUAACCAGCAGGUGUGCACGCACAGGAAUGUGUUAGCCUGCUGCUACCCUUAUUUGUCAGCUUAUAUUUGCUUUCCAGAUAAAACUGCUGUCCUCAGAUCAACCUGACACUACCUGUCAGGAUCAGCAACCGUGAGAAAAACCUAUUUUUGUAAGACCUCCACAGAAGUUUUAAGUGACCUGUGUCCACUAGGCAUGUGAAUCUUGUCACUGACAAUGAUUCAGUAUGUACCUCGAUACACUACCAGUGAUACGAUAAAUAUAGCGAUACAUAAUGAUACUGACGAUACGACGCAAUACGAUUCACCCCUGUUCCCGAUUCAAUGUGAUUUGAUAUGUAGUUGAUGGCGAUAUGAUGCCAUUUGGUGCGAUACGAUUAUUUGCUGGGUAUUAAGAUUUUAACGAUAUCGAUGCCAUUAUCGAUUCCGCUUAUCGAUCCAAUUCUUUAUCUAUUACGUUAUCAAUACCUCUUGUGAAUUUUCUGUUUACUAAAAGUAGGCUUUACUGGUUUUCUAUGUCAACAACAUUU